AAUGAAAUGGAGGAAAGUAACCAGACAUUUGUGUCAGAACUUAUUCUUCUGGGUCUCUCUGAAUACCCAGAGGCUGAGAUGCUUUAUUUUGUUCUAAUUCUGGUUAUGUACUUGAUGAUUCUCACUGGCAACAGUGUUCUGAUCAUAGCAAGCAUCUUUGAUUCGCGUCUUCACACCCCCAUGUACUUCUUCCUGGGCAACCUCUCUUUCUUAGACAUCUGUUACACAUCUUCUUCUGUUCCCUCAACACUGGUGAGCCUAAUGUCAAAGAGAAGAAACAUUUUCUUUGCUGGAUGUACAGUGCAGAUGUUUGUUGGAUUUGCAAUGGGAUCAACAGAAUGCUUGCUUCUUGCAAUGAUGGCAUUUGACCGCUAUGUGGACAUCUGUAACCCUCUGAGAUACCCCAUCAUCAUGAGUAAAAGCAUGUAUACACUGAUGGCUUCUGUGUCAUGGUUCUCUGGUGGCAUUAACUCAAUUGUGCAAACAUCCCUUGCUAUGCGAUUGCCUUUCUGUGGGAAUAAUAUUAUCAAUCAUUUUGCAUGUGAGAUCUUAGCUGUCCUCACACUAGCUUGUGCUGAUAUAUCCCUCAACAGUAUUACCAUAGGAAUAUCAAAUAUAGCCUUCCUGGUUCUUCCACUUCUGGUUAUCUUUUUCUCCUAUCUAUUCAUUAUCUAUACCAUUUUGAGAAUGAACUCAGCCACAGGGAGACACAAAGAAUUUUCUACCUGCUCAGCUCACCUGACUGUUGUCCUCAUAUUUUAUGGUACCAUCUUCUUUAUGUAUGCAAAGCCCAAGUCCCAAGACCUGACUGGGAAAGACAAGUUUCAAACUUCAGACAAGCUCAUUUCUUUGUUUUAUGGAGUAGUCACUCCCAUGUUGAAUCCUUUAAUCUAUAGCUUGAGGAAUAAAGAUGUAAAAGCUGCUAUAAAAUACAUGCUGAAGCAUAAAUCUAUCCAAUAA